UUUGAGAACUCAGAGCUUACGUGGAAGGUGACGUGUCAAGUUGCAAAUACGCUUCAGGGAUCACAUGCCGGUAUAUAAGCCUUUGGCUGGUCACUAAAUACAUUAUUAUCACUGAACACAAACCGGAAGACAGCUACUUUAAUAUCUUCACAGGAUGAGUUUUACAACUUCAGGGUGUCUUUUAGCGGUGGCAGCCAUCGCCUUAUCAAGCUUUCCAUUUAGCAGCGGUUGUUCAUGCUUCAGGAGUAAUGUGCAUCUACAAGACCUGUUCUGCAAUGCAAAAUAUGUUCUUGAGGUUAUUGUAACUGGAGAUAAAAUAAUAAAAUCGAGGGAUCCAUUCGGCUUUGAUCAACGCCGGUAUGAUAUCACUACGACCCGUGUGUACAAGAGAUCGCCUGAAUAUGACGCUUUGACAUCCAAGAAUCAUAUAUUCACGGCAACGAACAGUGCAGCUUGUGGCGUUUUCUUAGAAGAAGGAGUAAAAUACCUGAUUUUAGGAACACCAAGGAAUGGAAGGAUCAGUCUAAAUCUCUGCCAGCAUGGGCUCUACAGGAAAGCCGAUCUGAUAAAUGAAGAACUGCAAUGUAACUUGGACUAUGGUUUCAGCCAGAACUGUGACAAAUGCAAGAUUCAGUAUUGUGAUGAGCCAGGAUCGUGUGAUCAGCAGCAAAUCGACCUACGGACCUGUGUAUUUGAUCAAGUAGAUACCCAGGCCACAUGCAUUCACGAGUAUGCCCAUUGUAAGAGUGUUGCCUAUAGGUGUGUCUGGUCGGAUAGUGGAUCUGGCAAAUUAGACACCUGCCUCAAUGUAGAGGAAUGACGGGCUGCUCGUAAUUAACCUGCCACAAUGACAACAUGUUUUCGGAACUGUUUUGUUUUUAAAUAAAUCAAGUGAACUGUA